UCUCCAAUUUCUUCACUGCCAUCAUGUCUUCUUUGGACAUCAACGACUGCGAGAAGAUGGUGAGACUGAGAGCCAACGACGGCGAGGAAUUCGAGGUGGCGGAGUCCGUGGCGGCGCUGUCACAGACACUCAAGUUCGUGGUGGAGGAUGCCGGCGGCUUGGGAGAAGACUCUGUCAUCCCAUUACCCAAAGUCGACGGAAAUACGCUGGCGAAGAUUCUCGAGUACCGCAAAGUGCACGCCGCCGCCGGAAAAAGCAAUGCCGAGAAGAUGAAGUUUGACAAGAAAUUUGUGGAGGUGGAUCAGGCGGAGCUUUACGAUCUUCUCACGGCGGCGGACUAUCUGGAGAUAAGAGACUUGUUGGAGAUAAUGGCCCAGAGAGUUGCGGACAUGAUCAAAGGCAAAACCGCGGAGGAGAUUAGAAAGAUUUUUAAUAUCAAGAACGACUUCACGCCGGAGGAAGAGGAGGAGAUCUUGAGGCAGAAUGCUUGGGCUUAUUGAACAUUUUUUUGGGGUUUAUAGUUUUGGAAUUUU